AUAUUCGGCGUUCGGGUGACAAGCGCUUCGCUUUUGUUAAGUUGUCGACCUGGAGACAUAUGCAACAUAUGUUUUUGCCCCACGAUAAAAAAAAACAAAUGUAAACAAACACACGUGAAUAGGAAGAAAACAAUCCUAACAGAAAUAAAUUCCAGAAAAUUAUGAGUUCCUCCGAAGAAGAUCACAAUUCCUCGGACGAGCAUAGCUCCUCCGAAGAGGAAGAAGAGCAAAGAAAUGAAAUACGAGAAGACUUAAAAAACAUGUCCUUUGAAGAAAUCAUGAAGCUGAAAGAGGAAUUAGGAGCGAAAAUCUACAAAGAAGCCGUGCUGGGAAUUGAUAGCAGUAAAAAAGAAAAACCCAAAAAGGAAACUAAGGAGUUUAAACGUCUUAACAAAAAUCGUCCCCGAGAACAGACGGCAAAACGUCAGGUACCCUUCCUGGGAGCUGAAUUGCGUACAAAACGGAAAAAAGAUGAUGUACGGGAUCCCCGAUUUGAUGAGCGGGCUGGAGAAUAUGAUGUGAAAAAAUUCAAAGAAAAUUAUAAAUUUGUAAGUGAAAUUCGUGAAAAAGAGGUGGUACAAUUGAAGGCCGCCCUUAAUAAGACCACCGAUGAAGAGGAACGUCGUGAAAUCAAGAAAACCAUACAAAGAUUAAUAAAUAAAAAUGUCGAAGAAAAGAAAUGGCAUCAGAAACAACAACAGCUCAAGGAGGAACAAAGUGACAUCCAGAAAGCCAUUGCAGAGGGUAGACAACCUCAUUUCAUUACCAAGAAGGAAAGAAGAACCAAGGAAUUGGUGGCUCAAUUCGAAGAGUUGAAACAGAAAGGCAAACUGGCCAAACACUUGGAGAAACGCCGCAAAAAGAAUGCAGCCAAGGAUCGCAAGAGAAUUGGCUUCGAUUAGGAUAUAGUUUAAAAUAUGUUUGUAUUUUUUUUAACAAUAAUAAACAAUAGUAAAUCUAACCAGUA